AUGUAUAUCCCUCUGCCAUCCGGCGACCGAGCGCCAAGGAGCUUCGGACCCGAGACGGAGGGCCGUCCACUCGAAGCUUCACGGCCACAAGCUCUCAUAAAAAGACAGGUCUCCAUCUCUGGUGGACAGACGACCGACCUCACUGUCGGUAUCACAGUUGGCGUCGCCGUUCUGAUCUUUCUGCUCGGAGCGGGCGCAUUCCUCUACUACUACAGGGUAUCUCUCAAAAAGAUCAGCCGCCGCCGACGUCGUCGCGCACGCCGCAGCCACCAUUAUCAUCACCACAAGUCUGUCAGCUCCAGGAGCUCCAAGAGCUCGGCCGACCACGCCUCGGCAUCCCACCCGUCUCCUUCAGCCCCGCCUUCUGCUGCUCCGGCAAGCGCUGCGCCCGCCGACCCUCCCGCCGACCCUCCUGCUGAUCCCCCGGCCGAUCCACCGGCCGACCCGCCUCCUGAGAAAUAG